UAUGAAUAUAAGGAUUCAUAAGAAAAGAAAAGGAAAAAAAAAAAACCAAAAAAUGACUAAUGUUGAGCAGGGCCUAAGUUUUGGGCUGAUGGUAUGCCAGCUUGCAAAUUUGUAAGCCUGAAUGACACAACUCAGAUGAGUACAUUAGAAACUAAAAACCCUACACAUUCUUCCUCCAACUCCUAUAUACGAGUAUCAUCGUUUCAGAUACAGUAAAGUGAAAGAUCAGAAGAAUGUGUAACGGUUUCAUCAGUACCAAGUUGUGGGAAGAGGCUUGCCCACUGAAUCCGAUGAGCAUCCCAAGAUCUAUCGCAUGAAGAUCUGGGCUACCAAUGAAGUUCGAGCCAAGUCCAAAUUUUGGUAUUUUCUGAGGAAAUUGAAGAAGGUGAAGAAAAGCAAUGGUCAGAUUCUUGCCAUUAACGAGAUCUAUGAGAAGAAUCCUACUGUUAUCAAGAACUAUGGAAUAUGGUUGCGAUACCAGAGUAGAACUGGCUACCACAACAUGUACAAGGAAUUUCGUGACACCACAUUGAAUGGUGCUGUUGAGCAAAUGUACACCGAGAUGGCUUCUCGCCACAGAGUCAGGGCCCCAUGCAUCCAGAUUAUCAAGACAGCAACUGUUCCUGAUGAACUUUGUAAGAGGGAGAACACCAAACAGUUCCACAGCAAGGAUAUCAAAUUUCCACUGGUUUACAAGAAGGUUAGACCACCAAAUAGGAAGCUCAAGACAACGUACAAAGCAUCAAGGCCUAAUAUGUUCAUGUAAGGCGCAACUUUUGUUGGUAUUGUGAUUUAGAGCUCGAAAUUUUUUCUUGAGAACAAAUUGAGUUGUUACAAACUUACAAUUUACUAGUCUUAUGAGUUACGGAUACCCAAUUGAGGUACAAUAUGUGUUUUUGCUUAUGGACAGAUCCUAUUAUGAAUAUUGUUUAUCCAACACUAGUUCUUUCUUA